UCCCAGCACUAGCGACAAAUAAAAACGGAACAGUAGUGCAUAACUCAAACAUAAUCAUAGUAUACUUUUUUUGAAUCACGAUGAAUUCCAACGAAAAGCCAUUUCCGUGUAAAAUCGAGGGCUGCAAGCUGAGUUUCGUUACGGAAGAUCGUCUUAAUGUGCACCAGAAGAAGCAUGACAUGUUACUCAACCUAGAGAUUCCCAACAAAUCCAAUCUCUUCGCCGAUCAGACCCCAACCCCAACUAGGCUGAUUGGGAAAUGUGAAGAAGUGGGAUUAUUCGAGGAUCUACAGCAUGUUAAUCCAUUCGAUGAGACGUUCCGAAGGGCAGUCGAGGAAAAAAGUACUGGUGUUGUCGAGAAAGAGGGGCAAAAUACUCCAGCGGUAGCUGUAGGAAGGGGAGACGAUACUCUUCAUACUCCACAUGUGUUCCCACUAUUGGAACGGCGUGAAAGUAUAAAGCAAAAAAAUAACAAUCUUUCUAAACUAGUUAUCUCCAGAAGCAGUUCACGGAAGGAGGAAACUUUGGCGUCGGAUGGAGAUGUAAGAGACGUGACAAGCCAAUCGAUACAGUCUAAUAUCCUAGAAACUAUACAUAAAAGGAAGAUACAACAACAGCACCAUAGCAGCAAAAGAAAGGGAAAUACAUUCGUAAAAAUCCUUCCGAAGACGGCACCAACUCCACAAUCUGUGAUAAAUCCUCGUACCGAAAGUAACAAACCAUCGUUAGAUAUCAAUAAUAUGAAUACAGCGAAAAUCAAGUUGAAGGAACAUUUAGUAAAAAAUGUUGCAGCUACCGGAAGAGCAAACGAAACAGUAACAGUAAAGCCUAUGGUUGUUCACGAAACCGAACUAAUUUGUCGUGUACCUAAGGAAUUGAAGUCUUCAGUCGAAACAAAUCAAGUGCAAAAUAAUGAAAAAGAAAAACUACAAAAGCAUGAGAGAUGGAAAGCAGCUGCUAAACGUUAUAGAACUCGGGUAAAACAAAGUCAGAACAUAUUACACCGCAAGAACAUUGAGCUGGAAGAGGAAAAUCAUCGGUUGAAGACGGAAAUUUUUCGUUUGAAGAAUGCUUUGUCGCUACAUAAAGAUUGCUCGGUGACGAGGGCUUUGCUAUUGCAGAGUAGUUCGCACGUUUCUGGUUCAUCCAAAAGUGAUAAGAGUCGUAUAGUAAUUCAAGAGCAACAGCAUACUAUGUUUGUUAACAUUCCCAAGAGACGUCCGGCUACAACAGAAAUUGUAGAUCGUCAUGUGAUUGAUAGAGGUCCUGUAUAUAUCAUAGUGGAUGGUACUGGAGUAGUGGAAUCGGCCGAUACCGGUAUACGCUUUGCGAAACAUGUUUGACUCAAUUGUUCGAUUUGUUAUGUGCAUAAUAAACUUGCGUAGUUUUCAUUAGUCCGUGCCGAAUAGCACGUGUUGGUUGUA